CUCCACAGGUAGAGACGGAGCUGCUGGAAGGACGGCUCCAGUGACUACUACAUUACACUAGGAUGUAGUCAGGACUCCGGCGGGCGGGAUCAGGUCACAGUUGCUGGGCUGUGCCAGUCUUGCUGGGCGGGCUCUGUGUUCAGCACCUGUUCUCACUACAAGACUUCUGGAGACGAGGAAGUCAGUGCAAGGUCUUUCUGAAUCAGUUCUCCGAGUGAGCUGCCAGGGAUGAUGCCAAUGCCUGCGUAACCCUUCCUAUAGAGUGCACAGUGAUACACCAUGAACCAGCCAAUAUGCCGAAGCCUGCUCAUCUGUCUCAUCACAUUCGCCCGGUUAACCAGUUCAUCUCCUGGCUCCAGUCCAGAGACUGCCACCCAGCAGCAUGGGGUAACACCAGCUGAGACUCGGUUGUCAGUCUUUACCCUCGACUACCCCCACGUGCAGGUGCCAUUCGAGAUCACGCUAUGGAUUCUGCUGGCUUCCCUGGCUAAAAUUGGCUUCCAUCUCUACCACAAGCUGCAUACCAUCGUACCGGAGAGUUGCCUACUUAUCCUGGUUGGACUUCUCCUUGGUGGAAUUAUAUUUGCGGUCAAUGAAAAGUCUCCUCCUGCAAUGAAAACUGAUGUCUUUUUCCUGUAUCUUCUACCUCCAAUUGUGCUAGAUGCAGGUUACUUCCUUCCCACACGCCCUUUCUUCGACAAUAUGGGCACAAUUUUCUGGUAUGCCGUAGUUGGCACUCUCUGGAAUGCCUUUGGGAUUGGCAUAUCUUUAUUUGGAAUCUGUCAAAUUGAAGCAUUCGGUCUAUUAAACAUCUCUUUGCUGCAAUGCCUGUUGUUUGGCAGCCUAAUAUCAGCGGUGGACCCAGUGGCCGUUCUCGCGGUUUUUGAAAAUAUCCAUGUUAAUGAACAGUUAUAUAUUUUAGUGUUCGGGGAAUCCUUGCUGAAUGAUGCAGUUACAGUGGUGCUGUAUAAUUUAUUCAAAACAUUCUGUGUCAUGAAAACAAUUGGAACAACGGACGUCCUGUCUGGAGUGGGAAACUUCUUUGUGGUGGGAAUAGGAGGUGUUUUAUUUGGGAUCAUUUUUGGAUUAGUAGCUGCAUUUACCACUCGAUUCACCCGCAAUAUCCGUGUGAUUGAGCCGCUGUUUGUCUUCCUGUACAGCUACUUGUCCUACUUAACUGCAGAAAUGUUCCACCUUUCAGGCAUUAUGGCAAUCACCACUUGCGCUAUGACCAUGAAUAAAUAUGUGGAGGAGAAUGUGUCUCAGAAGUCAUACACAACAAUUAAAUAUUUCAUGAAGAUGUUGAGCAGUGUCAGUGAAACCUUGAUCUUUAUCUUCAUGGGCGUUUCCACAGUCGGAAGAAACCAUGAAUGGAACUGGGCCUUUGUUUGUUUUACUUUGUUAUUCUGCUUGAUUUGGCGAGCAAUGGGUGUAUUCUUAUUGACUCUGAUAAUCAACCAGUUCCGUACAAUACAACUGACCCCAAAAGACCAGUUCAUCAUUGCAUAUGGGGGACUACGAGGGGCAAUCUGCUUUUCCCUGGUGUUUCUCCUCCCCGAUUCUCCUUUAUUUCCAAGGAAGAAGCUAUUCAUUACAGCAGUUAUAGUGGUGAUUUUUUUUACUGUAUUUUUUCAGGGAAUUUCGAUUCGUGCUCUGGUGGAUUUUUUAAAUGUUAAAAGGGCAGAUAAAAAGCAGCAAAUCAUCAGUGAAGAAAUCCAUAACAGAUUCUUGGAUCAUGUGAAAGCUGGUGUUGAAGACAUAUGUGGUCACUGGGGACACAACUAUUGCAAAGACAAAUUUAAAUACUUUGAUCAAAAAUUCUUGAGAAAGCUGCUGGUCAGAGAAAAUGAACCCAAAUCAAGUAUAGUUUCCUUAUAUAAAAAACUGGAAAUAAAGCAAGCUAUCGAGAUGGCAGAGACCGGCCUAAGCAGAGAUCCAUCUUUAUCUUCUUUAGGAACAUAUGAAAAAAAUAAAGUGAAACCUCUAUCACCAAAUGAAGUCAAUGAGAUGCGAGAUGUAUUAUCAAAGAACCUUUACCAAAUACGUCAACGUACACUUUCCUAUAACAGACACAACCUUUCAAGUGGGACCAAUGAAAAACAAGCCAAAGAAAUACUGAUUCGUCGAAGGCACAGCAUGAGAGACAGUAUAAAGAAGCAUAAUAGUCUAAUCACAAGGAACAGAGCGGCCACAACACACCACACUCGGUAUUUGUCUCUUCCUGGGCACACAAAGCUACCUGAAGCACCACCAAGAAAGAGUGUAGCCUCCUUUAGAGUGGGUGAUUGUGACUCAGAUGGUGGUAGCUCCAGCCAAGAGUUAAAUUUCUACCCCAGAGCGGCUGACAUCUUGCGGAAGGAGAGGCAUCGACGUGCUCCAUACAACACCAAAUUUGAAUGGACAGAUGAAAAGCAAAAUGGCAAAGCAGAGAACUCUAAAACAGUGAGUGGCUCCCCAUUGCAAGGAGAAGUUCUGGAGCCACUGUUACCUAAACCAAGGUUUGGUACUUUGAGAGAUGACAGGGGGCCAUAUGAGGAAAACGUGACCCCAGUUGCUCCACCAAGGGUUAGGCGACCAUCUGAACAUGACAGUCAAAAACAGCGAUCUAGAGAGAAUAGACCUCACCCUCGAGCACCAAAGUAGUGAAACAAGCCUUAGCAUAGAAUUGCUUUAAAAUUUAGAAAAACUAUUAAGUUAUUUUACUUGGUCUAUUUAAUUCAACUGGGCUGCAGGAUACCAUGUAUUUUACAACAUUUCUAGUUUUAGUUACUGCAGAUGUCUUUCCUACAGACGGAUCAACUUUUUGUGCAAUAUAAAAAAUGCUUGAUAAAGUGUUUACACAAGUGUCAUAUUCGUGUAAUCCUUACCUUGUAAAAUGGUUGAAAAACAAACAUACAUAUAAAAAAAACAGGGUAAAGACAUCUGAAAGCAUGUCAAUCGACUUAUAUGUGUCCAUGUGUAUAAUACUGUAUAUGGCACAUUGCACUGAUUUUCUAUUUCCAGGAACCUGCAGGUAGGAAACCUGGAAUAGUAUGAAAGAGAAGAGACUGUUUUUAUUAUAUAAAGACUGUCGAUGCACAACUUAUUUGUACUCAUAACACAUGAUUUAAGGGUAUACCCACCCAUGAAUGUGUAUUUAAUACUUUAUGUCUUGAGAUAUAAUCUACAUAAAAAGUAACUUCCCAGAAUAUUGUAUUAUGUAUUAUGUUAUUGAAUAUUAUUACAACAUGCUGUAACAUUAUGAUCAUUGGGUGUCCAACCUAUGGGACUCCCACCCUUGAUGAAGGACUAUGGCUGCUUCAGAUUUAUCUUCUGGCUUCUAACCAUCAUACAGCAUAGCAAGGCUAGCUGUAGAACAUCCAACAGUUAAAGUAAUUGGUCAACAGGACUAUGGGGUAAAGUGUAACUUCUCUUCUGUCCCACAUGUGCACACACCCUUAAUAUCCUUCAUCUGGGUAGUGGGGAAUGUGCCUGUCUACAUACUGGUGACUAACAAUAUUCAGCCAUGGGCUAUGAUAAAGGGUGCAAUUCCAAUUAUCCACUAAUAAGAUUACUUAAAUUGGCACUCUCAUUAAAACUAAUUUUUGCUAGUGCACUCCUUAUGGUAAAUAAAAAAUCUUCCUAAUGUACUUUGUUAAAAAAAAAAAAACAUUUUCUAUGUUUUAUUUGUGUUUAAAAAAAGCUGCCACUAGGUGUCUCCCUACUUGUCCAGAGCAAAUUUUCCCCAUUUUUUGCACAAACUUUGGACUCCUGCUGGCCUGGCAGAAGUCCAAAAUCAGGAAAUGCUGAGGGGUGUGUGUGCAGCCUUAUCCAAUCAUAGCUCAUUUCACACUGAACUGCUCUGGGCUGUGUGUAGCAGAGUGAGGGAGGAAGUUGUCACCUGUAUGGCUUUAGAUGAUGUCACAUCUGCUGGGAAAUGGCCCUUCCCAGUCUGUGAAUACUGACUCAGUCAGAAAAUACAGAGCAAUAUCAAGGUAGAAAACUAACAAAUAAUAAAAAUAAAGGUAGGGGGUGGUUUAUCAUGAUGGGGCAGUAAACUGGGAGGAUUAUAACAUUUAACAAGAUCCUGAGAGGUACUCUUUAAUGUAGAUUAUAUCUUUAAACAUUUGCAAUGCAUGACUAUUGAAAUAGAUCAUCUAGCCUGGCCAGUAAUAACUGUAAAGGGAAUCCUAAAACCCUGAUCCCCCAGGCAUUUCAGGAUCACAUUGCCUACUGAUGUGAUUCAUUUUCUAGAGAUAUUUACAUUAGACUGCCCAAUUUAAUGGAAGGGAGAUUCUUUAGCAAAAUGCAUUUGUGCCAAAAAAGUGGCACUCCUGUCUUGUACCACCUGUAUUUUGUGCUUUAUACACUAGACUGAAAGGUGUGACUUGGAAAUAUUGGGUGUAAUAUUGGGAAAAGGGGAUUAGUUUGAUUUGCAACAACAUGCAGAAAACUUUUGGUGCAAAAUAUUGGCAUUAAAGAGGACAUGUGGCCAACCGCAAAAAUGUAGAAAUUACAUAGUUUAGGGUACCCUGAUCACAAACCUUUUUACAGUUUCUUGAUACACCCUCCCGUUCCCAAGAUAUAGGAGUUUACAAUUUGUCUGAUAAUUUAGGGAAUCAGAUGGAUGUGAACUUACUUUUAAUAAUGGGAGUGGCUAUCAGGUGAUAGGGGGAAUUACACAGUCAGGAGUUUUUGUACAUUUGUACAUUUAGGAGUGUGAAUGUCUAAUACAAAGCCCCUGACUGUAUAACCUCACCCAUCACCUGAUAGUUAUUAUUAGUUAUUAUUAAAAUUAAUGGGGUUAACCAGGAAUCGAAAAAACAGAGAUACUU